GCAAGAAGCAACAUACGGUGUUUUUACUUAAUCUCUGAGUAAACCGGCCCAUGUUGUGUAUCAUAAUAUUAAGUGAACGCUAAAUUGUUUUCGGAAGAUCGAGCCAAACGAAAACAGAAAACCCUUCGGCCCCCCGGCGCUCGAAAACCCCACGAUGCACACCAUUUUUAGCGAAACCCAGAAUGCUUACUAUCGCCACGGUGGCGGAUAUGCCACGGCCGUCACCGCCACCAAUCCUUACACGUACGAACAAUACUCCAGAUAUGGAUAUCCGGCUUGGCCUCACCAACAACAUCAACUCACCUCCGCCAAAGAUAUGGUCAAACCUCCCUAUUCCUACAUCGCAUUAAUCGCAAUGGCAAUUCAAAACGCACCGGAUAAAAAAAUCACCCUUAACGGCAUCUACCAAUUCAUCAUGGAACGUUUCCCUUACUACAGAGAAAAUAAACAAGGUUGGCAAAAUUCCAUCAGGCAUAAUCUUAGUUUGAACGAGUGUUUCGUUAAAGUCCCAAGGGACGACAAAAAACCGGGAAAAGGGAGUUAUUGGACUUUAGACCCCGAUUCGUACAACAUGUUCGAUAACGGCUCAUAUUUGCGUAGACGCAGGCGUUUCAAGAAAAAAGACGCCCUCCGAGAAAAAGAGGAAGCCCUGAAACGGCAACAACUUCAAAGCGAAAUCAUACCAAAACGAGAAACGGAAAAAAUCGAAGAAACAAAAACUAAACUUGAAUGCAAACCGAAACGAGAACCGAACGAACUUUCCCAAUGUAUGAACGCCAAAUCGGUUAUCGUUCAUCAAGAACACAUAAUCGGCGAUGUUGCCGCCUCAAUUAUGGAUCCGACCACUUUCAGUGUUGAUAGUCUUAUUACUAAUAGGGCGGAUCAAUCUCAUAAUUAUACAAAUCCAAGACUUCAUUCAUCAGGGGGGAUGUAUUAUUGUCCGACCGCUCCUCAACAAUACAUCGAAGAUUCAACCCCGAGAUACAGUCCUUGGUACAGUCCCGAAACAUCACCGGAAUCCGCAACAACGGCUUCGACUUAUCGUGAUAUAAUUUUCGAUGGGGCCCCACCGAGUUGUCAAUUAGCUGGAUUUCGACACGGUGCCGGCGUUUCACCGAGUCCACCGAGUUACAGACCGACGCCGACGUCUUAUUACCAACAAGACUGCAUCGGACAAAAAUACUAAAGGAAGACUGUUAAGUAGUAAAUUAGAGUUCGAUUUUCGUUCGUUAAAUUCGUUCAUUGUGAUACCCCCCGAGUACAGUCCAGUGCUAUAGUUUACGUUCCUAAAAUACGAGUGAAUGCGCCAUUCCCGUCGCCACGCAUUUACGGCCGAAGGCAAUAGUGUAAUAGUUGUAACUGUAAUAAGCCGUUUUUUUUUCGGCUGUAAUUAAUAGAGAAAUAAAAGAAAAAUAAUAAAAAAAUAAAUAACGUUGUGUGCGAUGUAUAUAAAUUAUUCGGUAUUUGUAUUAUAUUGCGUUAGGCUAAGUAGGCAGAUAUGUAUGUUGUCGUUAUCGAUGAUAUGAAUCCGAGCGUGAGUACAUAUUAAUUAUUUAUUUGAGAGCUGAAAUAAAAUGACUUUUUGUCGGUCGUAUU